AUGUAUAUAGCCCGAUAUAUGACAGAAGGGAGUCGGGGGGCCAUUAAAGACAAGACUGGAUUACGGCAUCCAAUUGUCAAACUAUGCGGUUAUAGCAAGAGUUGUGUUCAGAUUCAGUGUUUCAUUGGACACGACAAACAGUUGGGUUCUUCACAUCUCUUCUAUCAGGCGUCGAAGAUAUCGGGAAAGAACUCAACGCGUUGUAAGAUUAAGAGAGUCGACGGAACCUCCGUUAUCAUAAUGGAGGCCUCGCCUCAUAACGAUAUGCAAGUGACCGUCGAUUGUGUCGGCAUUCUUAAGGAGCGUAAUGUAGACGUUGAGCAAAAGUUGGCAAAUCUCAAGAACCGAACCGAUGGCGACGAUAGCGAUGCGCUUCCCAUUAAAAAGCGUUCGCCUCGUUGUCGACUCGUAUUCAGUGCGCAAAUUCCCGAUACAAAUGAGAUUUUACAAGUUGUCAGUUCUCCUAUUCUCUGUACUCAACCGUUAGGAACGCCUGAAAUAUGCAAGAAAUCGUGUCAUUCAAAAGGCGGAUCAGAGCUCUUCAUUAUCGGCAAAAACUUUUUAAAAGACGCAAAAGUCGUUUGGAAGGGAAGAGAUUGGACUAAAGUUGUCGAACCGGACAAAGAAUAUUUACAUUCCACACAUUUGGUUUGCGUUAUCCCAUCCUAUGACGGACCAGAGCCUAAGACUCAAAAUUCAAUUGACGUCUCAUUAAGUAUCAAAAGUGGCGGUAAAUACUCGGACGCUCACAGAUUCACGUUUACUAACUCUGAAAGUGACUACUUUUAUCGAUCACUUCUUCAAAACAGCUUUGGACGUCAAGAGAUGUGCUUUUGA